UCUCGAGAGACCAAGUCGACGCUUUAGUAGAGGCAACCACGAACCGCGCAGCGUGGAUCAAGCACAUGGACGACCUCGACAAGGUCGUGAACGAUCAGAUCGACUUUAUCCGAGACGGGUUGGCGCACGUCGGGCAUUUCACCAAGAUGGACGUGCUCCCAGUGUUCGAAAAUGAAAUGCGAGUUCUCGAAGAAGCACGCGCCAAGCUCCACGAGGCGGUUGAUAUGGCGCGCCGCAGCCGUGGUCAGUUCCGAGACGAGAUUUUGCCCAAGUUACGGGAGCGGUCGGCCAAGGUGCUUCGAUUGUACACGGCGAAGCUGCGGACUCUCUGGCGACGCAGUGACGACUUCGACAACAUGGACAACCACGACCAGUGCAUGCUUCUCUUUCAGCUCAACCAACACUCGACGCUCGACGAUGUACUCACCAAAAUGACUGCGGCCAUCAUGGCGGCUGUCUCCAAGGAAGUCCCACAGCAACGCCCGAAUGCGACGACAACGACAAGGCAACCACCAACGAGCGCGAGAUAGAGGGUGGAGCUUUGCACGACACAGCGACAAGUCCGACCCAGCAGAUCGCUGCGAUGGCGGCGCAGCUGGAAACGGUGACGAACAAGUUGGAAGCAGUGACGAGCCACAACACCGCGAUGGAAGCCAAAUUGGAAGCAGUGACAAAACAGAACGCUACCAUGUCGGCCGAGUUGCAGUCGAUAACGGGUCAGCUGACGACGAUGGCGACGCAGCAGGCAGCAAUGGUCUCCCUUUUGAGCGCAAUGGGCCAUCGUGAGCACCGAGCUCCAGCAACACUAAGCUUAGCCUAACGCUGUACGCGACAAAUUCAACCAUGA